AUGGGGGACGCGGUGCCCCUGGCGUACCAAAACACGACGGUCGCCCCCGACUGGCUGAACAAGGGCGACAACGCAUGGCAAAUGAUCUCGGCGACGCUGGUCGGCCUCCAGAGCGUGCCGGGCCUCGUCAUCCUCUACGGCAGCGUGGUGAAGAAGAAGUGGGCCGUCAACUCCGCCUUCAUGGCUCUCUACGCCUUCGCCGCCGUCUGGAUCUGCUGGGUCACCUGGGCCUACAACAUGUCCUUCGGCGACAAGCUCAUCCCCCUCUGGGGCAAGGCCAGGCCCGCCCUCGGCCAGAAGUUUCUCAUCGAACAAGCCGUCCUCCCGGCCACCACCCACUACUACCACAACCACACUACCGUCGAGACCCCCACGGCCACACCCUUCUUUCCCAUGGCCUCCAUGGUCUACUUCCAGUGCGUCUUCGCCGCCAUCACCGUCAUCAUCCUCGCCGGCUCCCUUCUCGGCCGCAUGAACAUCAAGGCCUGGAUGGCCUUCGUACCUCUCUGGCUCACCUUCUCCUACACCGUCGGCGCCUUCUCCCUCUGGGGUGGCGGAUUCCUCUUCCAGUGGGGUGUCAUCGACUACUCCGGCGGCUAUGUCAUCCAUGUCUCCUCCGGCAUCGCCGGCUUCACCGCCGCCUACUGGGUUGGGCCGAGGCCGAAGAAGGAUAGGGAGAGGUUUCCACCUAACAACGUGCUGCUGAUGCUUGCUGGGGCUGGGUUGCUGUGGAUGGGGUGGGCUGGAUUCAACGGAGGGGACCCGUAUGCAGCUAAUAUUGACUCGUCCAUGGCGGUGCUGAACACGAAUAUAUGCGCAGCCACGAGCCUUCUGAUGUGGACGACGCUGGAUGUGAUCUUCUUCAAGAAGCCGUCAGUUAUUGGAGCAGUUCAGGGGAUGAUUACUGGGCUGGUUUGCAUCACUCCUGGUGCUGGAUUGGUCCAAGGUUGGGCAGCUAUAGUGAUGGGCAUUCUCUCCGGGAGCAUCCCUUGGUUCACGAUGAUGGUGGUCCACAAGCGUUGGACCCUCCUCCAGAAGGUAGACGACACCCUUGGCGUGUUCCACACCCACGCCGUCGCCGGCUUCCUCGGCGGCACCACCACCGGCCUCUUCGCGGAGCCCACCCUGUGCUCUCUCUUCCUCCCGGUCACCAACUCCCGCGGCGCAGUCUACGGCGGCUCCGGUGGCGUGCAGUUCCUCAAACAGAUCGUCGGCGCCGGCUUCAUCAUGGGGUGGAACGUCGUCGUGACGACGAUCAUCUGUGUGGUCAUACGGCUGGUGAUGCCGCUCCGCAUGUCGGAGGAGCAGCUGACGAUCGGCGACGACGCCGUGCAUGGGGAGGAGGCGUAUGCAUUGUGGGGUGAUGGGGAGAAGUAUGACGCCACGAGGCACGCAUGGUAUUCUGAUGACACACAGCAUCCCAAGGUCUCCAGUGGUGUAACUCAAAAUGUUUAGGGAGAAGGAAGGGGGAGGGUUUGGUAAAGAUGUGUCAAGAGGGUGUUGGGAGCUCUGGUAGUGAUCGUUGUGUGCAUUAAUAUUGUUGAGAGGGUGGUGGUGGGAUUAGUUUGAUCUAUUUUUUGACGAUUGUUUUGGUGAGGCAAGUGGUUUAGGGACGUUGCCUUAAGAACAUGUUGAAUUUUUCUGGAUUUUGUCUAAGGGUUUUUGUUUUCUGCAUGAGAAACUACGUGCAUUGUUUUAA